AGUCAAGACCCGUCGGUUCAUCCACCAUCCGGGCGCCUCCCUGGCCUCCUGGCCCUCCGGACGGCCAGCCGACACGGGGCCCCCGACAGCUCGCUUGCCCGGCUUCCCCGAUGAGCUUCUCGGAGGUCCACAGGGAGACCCUCGGCCACUUCUCCCCGGACGGCGGACACCUCGCCGGCGUCUCGAACAACCGCAUCCUCGUGAGGGACGCGCGCACGCUCCGGCUCGCGGAGGUCUUCGUCUGCGCGGCGAAGGUCGAGCGCAUCGAGUGGUCCGCCGACUCGGAGUUCCUCCUCGCAGAGGUGGCCCGGCCGGGGCUGGUGCAGAUCUGGAGCCUGCGGGACAGCAGCUGGGCCUGCCGCAUCGAGGAGGGCAUCGCGGGCGUCGCGCGCGCGCGCUGGGGGCCCGCCUCCCGGCACGUGUUCGUGGUGGCCGACUUCGGGCUGUACCUGGCCGCGUGGGCGCUGGAGGACGGCAGGCGGGCCGCCCAGAUCCGCUACCCGAAGUACCCUCACAGGGGCCUGGCCUUCGGCCGCGAGGGCAGGUGCCUGGCGCUGCUCUGCCGCUCCGACUGCCGCGACUCCGUCGCGGUGCACGGCUGCGAUGGCGAGUUCUCGCGGCUCGCCGAGUUCCCCCUCCGCCACGACUGCGCCGACCUGGCCUGGGCGCCGAACGACGCAGCCAUCAUCCUGUGGGAGCGGCCCGCGCACUCGCCGCACUUCUUGUGGUACUCGCCCGCCGGGGAGCUGCUGUCGCAGCUCGGCGACUGCGGCCCCCUGCGCUGCGCCUGCCCGGCGCCCUCCGCGCGGCUGCUGGCCGCCGGGUGCCUGGACGGCGGCCUGCAGCUCGUGAGCGGGGACGCCAUGCAGCCGCUGGCGCGCCUGGAGCACGACCUGGGCACGGCGCUGGCCGAGGCGGGAGACGACGAGGUGCUCGUGCUGCGGGAGGAGGACCCGGCGGCCGAGGGGGCCCCCGUGGGGUACGUGAGGCUGCCGCCCGGCGGCCUCCGGGUACCCGUGGAGCGGCGACCCGCCGAGGUGCCCGUGGACAGCGACGGCGUGCCCAGGCAAGGCGUGGGCACGCUCUCGUGGAGUCCCGACGAGCGCUACGUGGCCACGCGUCACGACGGCAUGCCGACGGCCGUCUGGGUCUGGGACACCGGCCGCCUCGCGCUGGCCGCGCUGCUGCUGCACCGGGCGCCCGUCCGCGCCAUGGCCUGGGGCUCGCCCUCGCAGCCGCAGGGCGGGGGUGGCAGCGCGCGGCUGGCCGUGUCGACGGCGGACUCGGUCCUGCACUUCUGGUGGAGGGGCGGCUCCGCCAGGCUGCCCUGCCCGCUGCCGGCGGCCCGGCUGCAGUGGCGCUGCGACGGGGCGGCAGUGCUGCUGCAGGAGCGCCAGGGCGUCUGCGUGUGCGGCACCGGCGGGCUGCAGCUUCGGGAUGCGGGGCAGGGGGGAGCAGGCCGCGCGGCAACACCGCC